AUGAAGUUCACUACUGUUUGUGUCUUGGGCAUGUUGGUGGUGAUGACAGGUCAGUUUCCGAUUAUGAUAUAUAUAUAAUAAUACGAGGGAAGAACUUUUUCCAUAACCAUAAUUCACAAGGGUACUCCGAGUGCAACGCUCAGAUUUUCUUUAAAUUUUGCGCACUUUUUGGAAUAGGCGGCAUGUCAAUUCCUGAAGGCUUUAGCUCGCUCUUUGCUGGCACAGCCGAGAUAUUCAAGUAUCUUCGCUGCCCAGAGAGUACGCCAAACAUUAGCCCCUCCAGUAGCCAUAUGCAUGCAGUUUUUCAUGUCACAUGUUUCCCAACUUAUGAUCUAAAAAUCUCGGUCGUUUCUGCACAGCGCGAGCUGAAAAUCUCGCAUACAUCCAGAAAUUGCGCCAUUUUUUUGUGAACUUUUCUAUCAUACAACCAGUGGGCAGGGCUUGCUCAUAUCUUUCGCACCAAGACAUUUUCCUGACAUCACAGUAACUUCGUAAAAUUUCAGCUUCCCAAACCACUGAGGAAGCCACAACCACAGAUGCAGUUGAGACCACAACCGUCGCGGCCCAAACCACCACUGUUGCGGCGGCGACAACUACGGCUGCUGCUAACACUACUGUUGCUGACGAUACUACGGCGGCUAAUGAGGCUACUACCGCCGCAAAUGAGGCUACUACAGCUGCUGCUGGCACUACGGCCGCAAAUGAAGCUACAACAGCCGCAAAUGAGGCUACUACAGCUGCUGCUGAUACAACGGCCGCAAAUGAAGCCACCACUGCCGCAAACGAGGAGACCACCGCCGCUGAUGAGGUUACCACCGCCACAAAUGAAGCUACCACCGCCGCGCAAGACGACACAACAGUAAAUGACGCUACCACAAGUUCUCAGCAAGAAACUACAUCAUCUCAGGACGAAACCACUGCCGCAAACGAUGAAACCACCGCCGCUGAAAGCCAAACAACCGAAGCGGCCACUGAAACCACUGCCAGCGAGUCUGAAGCCACUACCGAGGCGAGUGCAACCGACGCUGCCACUGAAGCUUCGGAAUCGGAGGGUACUACCGCCGCCAAUGAAGGAACAACUUCGGAAGAUGAGGGAACCACCGAAGCCGAGGGAGAAGGGACUACUUCUGAGGGCGAAGGUACGACUGAAGGAGGAGAUGAGACCGGAGCCACCACUGAAAGCGAAGGGGAAGGCACAACUGAAGAGGGAUCAGGUGGGUACAAUAAGAUUUUCCAAGAAACUGUCGCGCUACAGAAACUCCGUUUGCAAUUAAAUCUCGAGUUGUUGGAAAGAUAAUGUGGAUUUUUCGCAGCAAAAUAUCUCGCCUUGCCGCAGUCGCGCACCAAAUCUCCAGCCACGGAGGGGCGUUGCAAAGCGAUGAUGGGCGAUUUCAAGGCGCGACCAAUCCACAUUAUUUUCCCGACAGACUGAUAGAGCCCCAAAAAUUACUUAUCCACCACAAAAAGCGACAAAAUCAAGUUGCUUUUCGCUUUGUUGACGCGAUCAGCGACAUUGCGCUCACCAUUUUCCCGGCGGAAUAAUGAAAACUUUUAUGAUUUUUUACACUCUCUUUCAUCAUAAAAACUCUAUUAUUCCAGGCGAAUCCACCACCGAGAAUCCCGCCUCCUCCACGCUGGAUGGCACCUGUUCCGAUCGCGAUCUGUGGAUCAACAUCAGCGACGACAACACCACCACGUUGACUGACUCCAUCAACGACGCUUAUGACAAUGAGUGGGGCCAGAACAUGAGGACCCAAUUCUUGCCGUACAAGAAGCGCAUCGAAGUGAUCCUGUGGAACGGAACGGCCACCGACGACGAGAAGUUGUUGGCGGUGAGCAAGAUCUUUAACGCGUGGACCACCUCGUCCACCGAAAACAUGGACACACUGAUGAAUACGGAGAUCGAGGACUGGGGACUGAUCAAGCCCUGGUGCCAUUGUGAUGACCUGUGCGAGUUUUAA